CCGUGUGUGUGAUUUGCGCUAAUCCGUGACGAGCUUUGGAAGAUGGUUUUAUUACAAGUGCUCCCGCAAGAUCCAGGAGAUGAAGGCACACAGAGGUGCAGAUUGGGGCCGGCCACUUUCUCCUCCCUGGGUGCCAAACUGGGCUCCCCAGUUAAGAUCACCCUGCCCACCGGCAUUUGCCUCUGCACAGCCUGGCCUAGGCACGACUUGGCCGACGGCUACUUGCAGCUCGACCUCAAGUGUAGAACUCGCAGCUUAAAGGCGAACCGUUUACAGAAUCUGAUGCUGAGCACCGACCACUUACAAAUCCUGGAACGUCACAAACUAAGAAAACUGACGGUCAGGGUGGUCCUUAAGAAAGGUGCCGUGAAAAAGCACACUUCCGAAGCUAUGCUGCAGGAGCUGGCCAAAGAACUACUCCGAGAUGCGUAUGUUUCUCUUCAUCACGUCAUUACAUUCAGCCCAGUUCUGGGCAAUCCAGUGGCAUGUGUUGAAAUAUUGUCUAUGGAGCCUACCACAGAAGAAGCUGGCUUGGUCACCCUCAAAACCAACGUCCUCGUUAAAGAGGUGGUCACACUAGACUGGUAUAACCUUUUGGCGGAAGAAAGUGCAAGAACUCUAGUGGCCGGAAUGGAGGGUGUCAGCAAGUUGUUGAAAGAGAUGAUUGACUUGCCUUUACGCUUCCCAAAAACUUUCCAGAAGCUAGGCCUUUCCGUCCCGAGGGGAGUGCUUUUGGUAGGGCCUCCAGGGGUGGGUAAGACUCUUCUCGUCAAAGCAGUCACUAAAGAAGUAGGGGCUUGCCUUCUUUGCAUCAACGGCCCCGUUGUGUACGGUCCAAGACCUGGUGAAAGUGAGGAGAACUUGCGGCGCGCAUUUGAACAAGCCAGAGAAAUGUCCAAUGAAGGACCGACGGUUCUUUUUAUCGACGAGAUUGAUUCCUUGUGCCCUAAACGAGAAAGUUCCAAUAACGCUCCUGAAAAUCGUCUGGUGGCUCAGUUGCUAACGCUUAUCGACGGUAUUGGUGGAAGAAGCAAGAUGGUGAUCAUAGCAGCGACAAAUAGGCCCGAUGCGCUAGACCCUGCGCUGAGAAGGCCGGGCAGACUUGACCGUGAGAUUAUCAUUGGGACCCCGACCCUUUCACAGAGGAAAUCCAUUCUGCAGCUGAUUACUGCUAGCAUGCCCGUGUCCAGUGACGUUAGUUUGCUCGAGCUUGCAGAAAUAACAACGGGUUAUGUUGGAGCUGACCUGACGGCACUCUGCAGAGAAGCGGCCAUGCAGGCUGUGUUCUGUGCUUGUUCGGACUCAAUUAAUGCAGUCAACAUGUCGGACUUCUAUGAAGCACUGAAAAAGAUUCGCCCAUCCUCUUUUCGAAGCAGCAUUGGGCUGUCGGACUUUAAGCCUGUCACCUGGGAUCAAAUCGGGGGCCUCGAAGAUGUGAAGCUAAAGUUAAAGCAGAGCAUCGAGUGGCCAGUAAAAUUCCCCGAGGCUUUCGUAAGGAUGGGGCUGGCCCGGCCAAAGGGUAUCCUUUUGUAUGGACCAUCAGGCUGCGCCAAAACGACGCUUGUGAAAGCAGCCGCCACAAGCUGCCACUGUUCCUUUCUGUCCGUGAGCGGCGCUGAUCUUUUCUCACCUUACAUUGGCGACUCAGAGAAGAUUUUGUCCCAGGUCUUUCGCCAAGCAAGAGCAAAUACUCCUGCAUUAGUGUUUCUGGAUGAAAUUGAUUCUAUCCUGGGUUCCCGAUCAGUUGGUAAAACGGGGCAUGGUGUCCACGAGAGAGUUCUUUCUGUCCUUCUCAAUGAAUUGGAUGGCAUCGGGCUUAAGGUCACCGAGAGAAGGGGAAAUAAAGCGGAGCUGGACGGUGACUGUCAAGAACAAAUUGAACACGAUAAAGAGUUGGAGCUUCAGGAGGUUUUCAACAAAGAUGUCGUGGUUGUCGCAGCAACAAAUAGACCGGACAUGUUGGAUGACGCCUUGUUGCGUCCGGGGCGGUUGGACAAGCUUAUCUAUGUUCCUCCUCCUGAUCAGAAGGAAAAGCUUUCUAUUUUGAGAAUCCGCACUGAAAGAAUUCCAAUAGAUGCUAAUGUGUCCCUAGAAGAUAUAGCAGCCCAAGCGGAUCUGUUUACUGGAGCCGAUCUUGAAAAUCUCUGUAAGGAGGCUGCUUUAUUGGCACUGCAGGAGAACGAAGUUGAAGCGACAGCUGUGAAGCACAAACAUUUUGUGACGUCCUUUGAGACUGUGAAACCAUCAUUAACACCCACAGAGUUGGAAUUUUAUGAAAAAUUAUUUACGAAACAGGAAUGGCCUUUAUAA